ACACCGGGUUGACAAUUAGAGCUUGCCUGUUACUGCAUUUCCGGACUGCGAUUACACUUGGUCGCAAUUUGGUGUUGUGUUUUAGCGCGUCAGCGCGCAUGGCAUUCUUUCGCAACAAUCCUGCCCGGGUGUCUCCCAGCAUAAUGGGUUGGUGGAGCACAAGAAUCGCCAUGUUCUUGAAUUUGGCUGGGCAUUACUUUUUUCACUCUAGUGUUCCGACUAGUUUUUGGGUAGAGGUGAUUCAUAUAGUUGUCUAUCUGAUCAACCGAAAGCCGGAUCUGGUGCUUGACGCUAAGAGUCCUUAUGAAGCGCUCUAUCAACGUCGUCCGGAGUAUGAGCAGUUACGAGUAUUUGGGUGUAUGUGGUAUGUUCUUCUUCCUCGAUGGGAGCGUCAUAAACGUGCACCCAAAGCGAUUAAGUGCGCGUUUGUGGGCUACAGUGAAAAACACAAAGGCUAUGUUUGCUAUGAUCCGACUAAUCGUAGAGUUCGUAUCUUCUGCGAUGUUUUUUUGGAACAUAUCCCUCAUUAUUCCGUGUCAGCUGCUGAACAUCGGGCUGCUAAUGAUCUUUUCCAUCCCUUAGCUGAGUUUCCUCCUGGCUUGGACACUUUCCUUGAAGGUGCGGAUCCGCCCUCACAUUCACCCAGCAUCUCGUCUUCGUCCUCCUCCCCAUCAUCGUCAUCGCGCACUUCUAGUUCAUCAUCCUGCUCGUCUAGUGGUGCCGACCCACCUCCUCCUUCACCGAAUCCAUCACCAGCUCCUGUUGUUUUGCGGCGUUCUGAUCGUGUUACUCGCGGCCAGCCACCUCAUUGUCUUGGCGACUUUGUGGCCUUCGCCACUCAUCAUGUUCCCAUUCCCGCCACUUACAAGCAGGCUCAUGGCCAGGCUUUUCUAGAAUGCAACUAUGGAUGUGGAAUUUGAGGCGUUGGAGGCUUCCCACACAUGGGAUUUGGUUCCACGCCCUUGUGAUCAUCCCGUUAUCGGUUCAAAGUGGGUCUACAAUGUAAAAGUUCACCCCGAUGGUACCAUUGAGCGCUUUAAGCUCAUGUUGUUGCUCAAGGAUUUCGCCAGAAGGUUGGAAUCGACUAUGACGAGACUUUUGCCCCUGUUGCUAAGAUGCAAACUGUUCGAACAUUACUGGAUGUCGUUGCUAUGCAGGGAUGGAGUCUUAAACAACUGGAUGUCAAAAAUGUAUUCUUGCAUGGGGACUUUAAAAAAAUAGUUUACUUGGA